AUGGCGCACCAGAUAGGUGAAUCAUCAAACUCAAAAGCCCCGAUGGGUGACCCUUCACUGGUACCUCCGAUCCUACCAUCCCCAGCACCAAAAGAUCCCAAUGAUAUAUCUGAAGAUCUGGAAGUUGCAUAUGCUUCUUUGGAACUGAAUGAUGAUGAGCCAGAGGACUUUACCCUUGACCAAGAAGAAGAUCUCAUAUUCUCUCUGGUGGGAAAACUUAUCACUGAUAAAACGGUAAAGUUUCCUUUUAUGAGAGAUACAAUGGCAACCGUUUGGCGUCCAGGUAAAGGGAUGGCGGUGAAGGAGCUUACAAACAACAUAUUUCUAUUCCAGUUUUUCCAUGAGAUUGAUGUUCAGCGCAUCCUCAAUGAUGGCCCAUGGUCGUUCGAAAAGAACCUACUUAUCCUUACCAGGUUUCAACCUAACAUCUCUCCUCUAACUAUGGACUUGAAUAGAACUGAUUUCUGGAUCCAGGUUCAUGAUUUACCAAUGGGCUUUUUUUCGGAAAAGACUGCAAAAGCCAUUGGAGACUUUAUAGGCAAGUUCGUGUGCACUGACGAAAAUAGCUUUGAUGGAUGGGGGAGGUCUCAUCUGCGUAUUCGAGUCUCAAUCGAUGUUACUAAACCCCUGAUGAACAAAAUGAGGAUUAAACGGAACGGAGGUGAAUGGUCGUGGAUAUCAUUCCGAUACGAACGUCUCCCCCACUUUUGUUUCACUUGUGGGCUCAUCGGCCAUACCGAAAAGUUUUGUCCGAAGUUAUUCGAAGGAAUGAUUCCGGCUACAGAGAAGGAUUAUGGUCCAUGGAUGCGUGCUGCUAAUCGUCGGACUUCGCCAUCGUCGGGAAACCGAUGGUUGGUCUCAGAUCAAGUGAGCCGGUCGUCGGGAAACCGAUGGUUGGUCUCAGAUCAAGUGAGCCGGUACGGUUUGAGACAGAUGCCAGGCCAGAGGGAGGUCGUGGCAGUGACAGAGGGUGGUGGCAGUACGAUGCAUGAUACUGCGCCGGGUACAAAGGACAACAAAGAUACGGAGAUGGGCAGUGCAGACCACGUGUCUUCUAAUCCCCAAAACAAGACAACAGACUUUUGUCUCUCUCCUGAUAUUUCCAUGUUGGAGCAAAAGGAAAACAUUGGUGCUGAAAUUGGGCUGGUUAUUGCUGAACAGAAACGUAGGAGAGUUGAGGUUGGCGGCCCAUCUGAUGAGCCCAACUUUCAGGAUCUGGAUCUUUCUUCAUCUGUUUCUUUUCAAAAAAACGGGCUGAGGGCGGGACCUGCGGAUCAAGCCCGCCCAGAUCAAUGA